UAAUCAUCGACAGACAGACAACACUCCAGACCAGCUGGAGGCGCUAAAGCACCAUGACGCUGUUAGCCAAACAAAGAAGAACAGCACGAGGCGCUAGCAGCGUUAGCUUGUUAGCAGGCUAGCAGCGUUAGCUUGUGUUGAGAGGAAGGUGGUGUUUUGUUGGGACGUUUGUGAGGUUUUUGGACAAAAAGGACGAUAUGUGGUUCGUGUCGGAACUCUCAGCAUUUUCCAAAGUGUCGUAAAUGAGUGAAGAAGUGUUGAACGGAAAGAUAACGUGGAUUGCUGUGAUUGUGAGACUAGCAGAUGAUCGAUCGGAGCUGCAGUGAAGAGGACGGCGGUGUUUGUGGGAGUUGGAGCUGAAGAUCGGAGCAGGAACCAUGUCUUCCCUUCAGUCUCUGAGAGAGUUGAUCAGCCAGCGACUAGCUGCUGCUGCUGAAGAAAUCUGCAGACUCUGUGAAGGAACCAUCGUCCAGUACGAGCAGGAGCUCUGUCGUCAGCGCAGACUGCUGGAUGUCAUCUGGAAACCACAGAUCCAGCUCCACAAGAUAGUCCUUCCCCAGCAUUGGGUGACUCAAGAGGAGGAUUUCUGCAACCAGCAGAUGAACUUCAGAGUGGAACAGGAGGAACCAGAACCUCCACAGAUUAAAGAGGAGCCAGAGGAGAUCUGCAUCAGUCAGGAUGAAGAUCAGCUUGAUCUGAAGCAGGAGACUGAUACCAUGAUGGAGAUUCCUACUUAUGUGGAAGAUGAGAACAGUAAAGCAGAUCUAAACAAUCAGCAGAGCUUUAAUGUAACUGAUAGUCAGGAUGAAGAAGGAAACCAACAUGAAGAAUCAACAUCAACUACAGAUGAAGAGACUGACCCACAGAACAGAGAUCAGAGGAAGAUAAGAGACAGAAGUCAUGUCCAAAGUGUGGACACUUCUCACAUUUCAGAAAGUCAGUGUGACUCUGAAGGUAGUAAAAAAUCAAAGAAGGAUGAUUUAGUAAAGAAACGCAAAGAAUCUUCAAAACAGAAAACACCCUCCUUCAAGUCUGGUGAAAGCUCAAGAAUAGCUAAUAAACUCUUUCAUGUAAAAUUACAUACAGGAAAGAAGCGAUUAUCAUGUAAAGAAUGUGAUAAAAGCUUUAGUCAUAUAUCCAAUCUCAAAACGCACAUGAGAACUCACACAGGAGAAAAGCCUUUUUCAUGUAAAGAAUGUGAUAAAGGUUUUAGUCAUAUAUCCAAUCUCAAAACACACAUGAGAACUCACACAGGAGAGAGGCCUUUUUCUUGUAAAGAAUGUGAUAGAAGUUUUAGUCAUAUAUCUGAUCUCAAAUCACACAUGAGAACUCACACAGGAGAAAAGCCUUUUUCUUGUAGUGUAUGUGAUAAAAGUUUUGGUCAAAUAUCAAGUCUCCAAAAGCACAGGAGAACUCACACAGGAGAAAAGCCUUUUUCUUGUAUAUAUUGUCAUAAAAGUUUUAGUGAUAUAUCCAAUCUCAAAGCACACGCAAGAACUCAUACAGGAGAAAAGCCUUUUUCAUGUAAAGAAUGUGACAAAUGUUUUAAUCAUAUGUCUCAUCUCAGAAGACACAUGAGAACUCACACAAGAACGACACAGGGUUUUCAUCAGUAGAGGGAAAGAUUUGGAAAAAGUACACAUUUUCUUCCAUAAAGACAGGAACUAGUAUUCUAUUCAAAAUUAUGAUUUUUUUUUUUGAUUGAAAUAUUUUAAGCCUUGGUUUUAUGUUGCCAUGUACUUAUUGGACAUACCGUUAAUGUACCUUCUUGGAAAGCCCAAAGUACUUAACAGUCAGUCCCAUUCACCCACACACACACCCAUUUACAUACUGAUGGCAGCUGUGAUGUCUCACACUGGCACCAACCUGUAACCACCAGGAUCAAUGAGGGGUUCAGUUUUGUCCAAACACACUUUGACACAUGGACGGGCAAAGUGGUCAUUCAACCUCUGAUCUUCUGAUCAGAAGUCAACCACUCUACCUCUACAGUACAGCUGAUGACUAGUUUUUUAAUUUCAGAAAAUGUGAAUAUUUUAAAAUACAUUUUUAAUAUUUAAAACUCUUGGGAUCAAACCCUAAUGUACUCAUUUACUCCAAAGCAGCCUGAGCUUCCAUUACAUGAACACAGAACAACAGACUGUUGGCCUCAACAACACAUUGAUGCAGUCAUUUAAUUAAAAUGAGACACAAGUUAGCAUUGAACACAUAACAAUGAACAGUUUUGUUAUGUCUGACAUCAGCUGAAAACAUCCCCUUUUUCAUGGAUUUGAUGUGAAAUUCUGUUUUUUUACAACAGUCUUUUUAUUUAAUUAUAAAAACGAGAGAAAAAACAACCAAUAUAUUUAAAUGUGUAAAGAUACUAGACAAUAUGAGUUUAACUGCUUUCAUGGACAAAAAUGUUGAAAACUUUCACAAAAUGAAUACUUUCAGAUGUACUUGUUAAUGUGUUUUGUAUUGUUAGAGUUAAAUCUUGAACAGAUUCAAUGUGGUUGUAGUUUAUGCUGAGAUGAUGAGUAUGUUGUUCAUGUGUGUGUUACCAUGACUACAAUAGAAAGAUUAUGUAUACAUCUUUUAUUCUAGGAGUUUUUAUGUGAUCCGUGAACAUAUUAUUAGUAUUAAAAGAAAAAGUAGUAACUGCAGUUUGUUUUGUUAGACCAAAUUUAGUGAGGAAAAGAUUUUUCUAAAAAUGAAGAACCAGACUGGUGUUUGUGUUUUGUUUUCUUGUGAUUCAUGUUUUCUAGUACACGAGAACUAUUCUUCUGUUUGUUUGUUUUUUGGGGAUUUCUAAAUGUUGUUAGCCCGUGUGUAGCCUCUCCCAACCCUGGCUUCUUCCAGCUCCGUUCUUCCACAAAAAAAGCACUGACCACACGGAUUAAAAAUAAAACGAUGAGCUAACAUGCGCUUCAUAAUAUUAAUAAAAGCACGUUUGGAAGAUCGUCUCGUAUAUUACCGAGCUGCUGCAUAAAUGUAUGUGGCAGCUGUUUGUUUACAACAAAUGACAUCAAUUCUAAUAAAGGAUGAAGUCCAUGUUGCCCUGGGGAGACAUUAGCCGUGGA